AUGGACCAAGGGCACAUGCGGCAGUACAGAGACAGGAAGAACGAGAUCUUGCAGCAGAGGUGUGCGCGAUCAGGCGACAUCAUCGUGGCAGGAAGCGACGGCUUCUGGGAGAACCUGGGCUCAGACGACCGCGCGAGAAGAUCGGCGUUGGAGACCAUGUCGGAGGAGGUACUCGGUGACUUCGGGGACGGGGCCCUCGUCGAGCGGCUUGGAGGAAGGCUGCGGGAGAGGACGGAGAAUAGGAUGGAUAGGUCGAUGAUAGGGAAGAAGGACGAUCUGACAGUGAUCGUGUCUCGCAUGUGUCGAGGGCAGCAGCAGAGAGGGGUUGAGGUCCGCAUGGAGGGGCUUUGCGAGGGCGGCUGUGACAUAAACCUCGUCAACGAGGUCACAAGGGGGAUCGUCAAGUACCGUACAGUGGGGCCCCCCGCGCGCAACUGA